ACCACCGGCACGUGUCGUGCCCCCUGUAACAGAGCAGGGCCCCGCUACUUCUGCGCCUGCGCUCUCCCAGCGGGUUCCGGCUGGAGCCACGCUCCCUACGACUGCGCAGGCGCAGCCCGAACCGUUCACCGCCACUUGACGAUUGGCGCUUACCUCAGCCAAUCGUGGGGUCGCGACUCCCUCCUGGCUGCCAAUGGAGGUUCACUCCAGGUCUAGGGGGCGUGGCCGACAGCCCACGCUUUCUAGCGGCCAAGAGCCGGGACGAAGGCGGCGGCGGGAAGUGGCGGCCGCGGCGGCGGCGGUCGCCGAGCAAGCUUCGCGGGCACGGGCGCCGGCGCCGGAUGAGCCAUCAAGUCCCAAGAGAAAACAUUUCUUCUUGGCCUCUCGUUAUUAUGAUGAAAAUGUCACUGGUGAAAGUCUGUUGACUAUUUCUCGUGAUCACUGCAAUUUCCUAGUCUUGGAGCACCUGGACAAAGACAACAUGAGCCUCUUGGACAAAGGAGAGAUGUCAGAGCUGUCCUUCUCAGGGAGCCCCCCAGCCUCUCUUGACAGAGCUCCCUAUCAGCUGAGUGAGCUCUCGAGCAUAGCCGAUUACGCUCUCUUGAAUGAUACCUAUUCCAUCCAUAUCUCAGACUCAGAUUCUAAACUGAAAGAACAUUUGUCAUAUCUAAGUUCAGAGGCAGAUCUCGAAAUGCAAAAAGAAGAGCAAUUUUUUGAUAUGUUGAAAGAUGAAAGCAAGAAUACUAAUGUUUUGGAUGAUAUCUGCAGAAAUCUAGAUGGUGAUUGUAAGGACAUUAUUAGUAGCGAUAUUGAAAAGUGUGAUCUAGAUGAAGAUUCCCAGCAGGAAUAUCACAGUGCCGAAGAGCAAGAUUACUCAGGUUACCAUUUAGAUUUUGACGAAAUAAAGACACUGUGUACUCCCAAUUCAGAAGUCAUAGCGUUGGCAAAUUCUGAUUAUGAAAUUAAUGCUAACGGUCUGGGACAGAAUCAUGUGAAGAAAUUGGAAGGUAGCACCUUUUUCUCCUAUGAAACAACUCACAUCCAUACCCAAGAAGAUGUGGCCGAGGCGCCCAAGCUUCAUGAUUACCUGUCUCUGACCGAGUAUCACGGCCAGAAGUACUGGAGGUGCCAAGAGCAAGAGGCGAAUUUCACCAACCAGAGCUUGUUGGACGGCGUCGCUCGCUUGAGCGACACUGAGGACGGGCAGGACGCGGCCCUCGGGCACACGCCACCCUCGGGAAGCGGUCUGGAGAAGGCGCCGAAGACCCUGAAAGCUGGCAUUUCCUCCGACAGGAGGAGGUCUCCGCAGACCGAAAAGAAGGAUGUCUGUGGGGAAGUGGGCGAGAACAGCCUUCUGAAGGGCAUGGAAAAGCCCGCUUUGUUCCUGGAAAGAGCGUCAGCGGCAUCCCGGCAGCCCGGCAAGUGUUUUCAGAGUUCUGCAGCUUGUGUCUUUGAUGAAUCGGACGUUUCCGCCUAUGACCAGUCGUGCUAUAAAUUCAUCCAGAGCACCGCCAAGCCGGACUUAGAUUUCCCCAUGACUCUGCCGAAGGUUCCAGCCAAAGAGAGCCAUUCGGCGGAAGGAGACGGCCCGCCGGAAGCGGCCCGCGCGGGCGUCCUGAACAAAACGCACUUUAUCAGCGUGGAGUCGAAGCAUCCUCAGCACUCGGGGGCUGCAAACUAUGACUGCCUCGUGACCGUGAACCAGACGAUCGACGCCAGCUCGGAUUUCAGGGCCUGCUUCACGACGAGCCGGGCCACGAGCGCCAGGUCCUCGGUGGCCUCCAGGUCGAGCAAUACGGAGAUAACCAUGAUGAAUAAGAUGCGGCCCAGCGAGUGGGCACCCGAGAAGCAAAAGAGCAUCGCCUGCAACACGGACUGGUCCUCUCUGCAGGACUGGGCGGGGGAGGAGGGCCGCCUGCCGGGGCCUGCGCCCAGAGGCCUAGACAAAGCCCUUCCGACUGAGAAUUCAAAAGCUAAUGAUGAUUUGUUUAUUAAGGAUUACCUGGAACUGAAAAAUAAAUAUGAUAUCAAAGACUUAAAGAAAAACCCUGAGAGUCAGUUUCAACCUAAAGAAGUGGAGAAGAAUUUUUCACCCAAAUGUUGUCAGAAAACAUUGCAGAGAGCUAUAAAAGCAGAGUUGCAGCUUUUAAGAGCCCAUUAUCAGAUGUGUCAUCAACAUUGUUGGAAAAUUUACAGACUUAUAAUGGAAGAAAAGGAAAGCUUUACUAGGAAUGUUGCAAGUGAUUUUGCUAAAACAGAAUUAGAAUCUACAUUACUGUCCCUUUUUGGAGAUCUGAAAUUUAAAUAUUUGAGUAUGAGAGAAAAAAUAAUAAAAGGAAUACCGUUGGAUGAAUUGCCUCCCCUGUCUGUAGAGUCCAAAUUAUCGUCUUUCUUUUCCACUUUUAAUCCUUCCAAGAUAAUAAAGGAAGACUCUCAUAUCCUUUCAGCACCAAACUCGUCCCCUGGUGUUCCUGCUGCACACAGUGCUGACCUUGGUGCCGCCCACUUGAAAGGGACCCUCUCUCAAAACCUUCACGUGUCCGAGAAUGGUCAUCCCAAACAAGAAGCAGCCUCCAAGAAUGACAGCAGGAAGACCCGGGAUCUGAAUGUUGGCUUCCGAAAUCUGAAACUGGAUGAUGAAAAUUACCCAAAACGUCAGGAAAAAAGCAAUGCCUGGUUUGAAGCCAAAGAAAACCUGAUGGGCACCGAGUGCUUGGAAAUAUCGAACCCUCAGACGGAGCCAGAGCAGAGGAGCUCCGAGGUCACAGCAGAGAAGAAGAUUUCCGAACCUUCCCGUAGGGAGCCGAACAAAAGCUAUCUCAUUCACGUCGGCAGCUUGGGCCCUUCAGUGUCUGAGACUGACCUAAUGUCUCAUUUCCAGAAGUAUCAAGUUUCUGAAGUUUCCAUUUGCACUUCUUCUCAUAACUACAGGUAUGCAUCUCUUGUUUUUAAAAAAGCUAACAAGGCAAAAAUGGCUGUGGAAGAAAUGAAUGGGAAAGAAAUCAAUGGGAAGUCAGUCAAUGUUCGUCUGGUCAAAACCCCCAUAGAAAACGUCCCACCCCUGUCCUUCAGGAACGAAAGCAGGCUUGCUCUCGGUGGUUCGGAGAAGAUGCUGGACAGCAAAGGCUCCGGCUCGGCCCCUUCGCCUUCUAAGAUACCGGCUCACGUGCUGAGGCCUCCGGCACCCGAGCAAGAAAGUGUUUCCCUUUCAGCUGACCAGAAGAGUGGCAAAAAAGGUUUAAAACAGAAUAAACCCGUGAAGUUGUUGUCUGAAACGCCUCUUCCCUACAUCCCUCCAAAUAUCUUGAACCUGGGGAGCUUCACCAAACUUCUGAGGAAGCUUGAAGCUCUGCACCCCGAUGUCAGCAGAGACACCAUCAUCGAUGCUCUCCAAGAGGUGAGGACCAAUAACAAGGGUUUUCUGAGCGGCCUCUCCCUGACCACCAUCGUCGAGAUGACGACCUCCGUCCUGAGAAACUCGGCCUUCAAGAAGGAGGAGAAGAAGUAUCGAGAGGAAAUAUUCAAAGUUGGAAUUCAUUAGACUUCUCUGUUUCUGCACAUGAGACCCCCCAGCCCUUUAUCGCAGCCUCUUCUCCCAGGACCAUUCUCGUAAGAAAGUUGAAGAUAAUUAUGAAAGCCCAUGCGAGAGAUGGGGCUGCCGGAGACCGGCCCAGAGCCGCCAGCGAGUGCUCUGCUGCCUUCCUGUCCAGCUGGACUAGGAGCGGAUGCUCACUUUGCGCCUGGCGCGAUCCCAGCCAGAGAGCGCCUUCUUUAAAGCCCCGAGCCUUCCGGGGCUGCCGGGGCUCGAGGAGGCUGGUUCCAGCGACGGGGCGGCCAGUGUAGACACAGGUUGUCCCGGCAUGUUUGCAGUCCCGGGGGCUCGAGGUGUGUUUGGGGGUUGGUUUGGUUGCUUUGGGUUUUUAGGCACGCUGCUGGGGCUCUGGGGCACUGUUGAAAAGUCACCAAAGAGCGUUGCAUUUAGUUUUCAGGUAUCAUUUGCUACAUUAAAAGUAGACCUUGGUCAUU